AUGGUAAUUUCCAAAGUAGGUGUUAAAAAGAUUAUUCCAAAAGCAUGCGAUUACUGAAAAUCCAUCAAUUGAUGACAGUAUUACGCUUCUUCCAUCCCCAGCUAGCAGCUAUACGCGGACUCUUAAAUCUUCUCGUAUAUCGAUGACAGAGACAGGAGCUCCUUCAAAAACAACAUCAUAUUCUAGUAUAAUAAUCCCUCUGCCAAUCCCUAAAAAACCUCAUGAUGACAUAGAUCUUGAAGAUCUUUCAUCAACCGAAAGAAAGAAAAGAGAAACUCGGAACACUCCUGUAAUUAAUUCAAAAUAUUUAGAUGUUUGAAAAAGGACCCGACUAAAGCUUCGGACGAAGUUGCUUAUUCAACAUAUAUGUGCUGAAGUUAAUUUAUAUGGUACUUCUGGAAGGAAAAAUUAAAUAAAAUUUAUUUUUCCAAAUUUUUUUACUUUUAUAGAAAAAUUUUUAUAUUUAUUAUGCCUUGACCUUCUGGAAGUUUAUUUCAUCAAGAUUCAAUGAAAACAAACAUUGAAGCUCUAGUAAAGAAAAAUGAAAAUUAUGCUUUGCAAGCUUUUAAAGAAGUAAAAAAAGAAACAGUCCCACCAUUCAUGUUCGACCCAAGGCAGCCUACAAAGAUGUUUUGGAACUUAUUUAUCAUAAUUUUACUGCUAUACACAGCUACACUAUUGCCUUAUAAUAUUGCAUUUAAUGAUAAUUAUGAUCAAGAGUUUUGGUUUUAUAUUGAUGAUGUCAUGCUAAAUGUUUUGUUUGGGGUUGAUAUCAUUUUUACCUGUUUUACAGCUUAUCAUGAUGACGAUGGGACGUUUAUUACUGAUAGGAAAAAAAUUGUGAUGAAAUAUCUGAAAUCCUGGAUGAUUGUUGAUUGUAUAUCAUGCAUGCCUUUUGGGAUUAUAACCAAAAAUACCACAAAUUUAAAAGCUACUAAAGGCUAUAGCAAUCUUUUAAGGCUACUUAGGCUGCCUAGGCUGUUCAGACUUCUACAAAUAUCGAGGAUUUUUUCUAAUGGAGGACAAAAUGAAUUUAUGGAAAGCAUCCAAAAAAUUCUGCGACUGAAGCAAAGUGCAUUAAGGCUAAUAAAGACUUUUGGGGCAAUUUUUAUAAUUAUUCAUAUCAUGGCAUGCUUUUGGUAUAUGUCAUAUUCAUUAGAUGAUUAUAACCCAAAUAGCUGAGUUGUUAGACUUGGGUAUGUAGAUUAUUCACAGCCAGCUAAGUAUUCUCUGUCUAUGUACUGAGCAGUAACGACUCUAUGCACAGUUGGCUAUGGUGAUAUAAAUGCAUUAACUGUUUUAGAAAGAUUUUUAGCUAUGUGCUGGAUGAUGUUUGCUUUAUUUUUUAUCUCUUUUACUGUAGGAUCUUUAUCCUCAAUGUUAGCAGGUCUUGAUACUAAGGAAAAAAACUUGAUCUCUAAGCUUGAAAUAAUUGAUGAGUUCGCCAAAGAUGCACAUCUUAGCCUUGAUUUAAGACAAAAACUCAGAAAAGCAUUAAAAUAUUCAACUGAACAGCAAGGGUAUUCCUUAACGGCAAAACAGAAUAUCCUUAAUGAAAUACCACGAAAUUUAAGGUAUGAAGUAUCAAUUGAAAUGCAUAAAGGAGCUGCAAAAAAUUUACCAUUUUUUAAAAACAAGGACCAAGUUUUUGUGUCUUCUAGAAAUCAUAAAUAAAAUAGGUAUCGGCUAUGGUAAUGCAGCCUCGAGCACAUUUUAUUUAUAUCUGUAAGGUUUUUUGCCAUCAAGAAAUAGAUAGCAAUGCUAGGGAAACAAUUCUGAGAAUGAAUAGAGCCUUGCCCUAGCUCGCUCUUAGGAUUGGAUUUUACCUCAAGGUAAAAGGUGGGUUCAGGAUAAAGGAAAGCCCAGCAGCAUCUCAGGGCAAUGCCUAGAUCAAUUGGACAUCUUCCUAGAAACUGGGAGUUACGCCCAAGGCUUUGAAUCUUUCCUUUUUGCCUAAAUUUCAUUUUUUAGGAUUUUUGUGCAGGCAACUUUUCGUUUCACCCAAGCAAGUCCAUAGCCUUCCCACUCAAUGCUAGAAGCCAACCUAUAUUUAAGUUUAAGUGUCUUCUAUAGUUCCAUUUUUGCGUGAUGUUUUUUUUGAGCAAGGAUCCUUAUUUUAUAGUGAAGGAGAAUAUGCUGACGAAAUUUAUUUUUUAAUUGGAGGCCGAGCCAAUUAUAUCCAAAAAUCAGGCGUUGUUUAUAAAAGUAUCCAAAAAGAUUCAUAUUUUGGGGAUAUUGAAGUCCUAUUCGGGAUUGACAGAAAAUACACCAUUCAGGCUGCACUUGACUGUGACGUUUUAGUUAUGGCAAAAGACCUGGUAAAAAUAAUAGAACGCGAAUUUCCAAUAAUUUUUAAACAAAUGAAAGACAUAGCUGAAGCAAGAGAUAAAGCCAAUACAAAGGCAAAAUUUGAGAUGAAAGAAAUCAUGAAGGCCACGAAAUCGAUUAAUUUGACUGUUAUGACUUUACAAGAAAUUAAAGAUAUUGCAGAAACUAAACAGAAAAAAAUGAUGGAGAUUUCUGAGAGACAGCUUAAAAAGAAAAAAGAGUUUGGGGUGCCAGAAAUACUUGACUGCUUAAAUAGCUUACAAAAGAAGGUUAAUUUAUUGGAAAAUGAGGUUAAUGAAACAAAAUCAAGCUCUGUAAAAGCGUAUAAUGAUGCAAGAGAAAGACUGUCAAUGCAGCCAAGAAGAAAGCUACCACCGAUAAGGGUAUCAAGACUGAUAGAGCUUGAAGAAGAAAAGAUGGAUUCAGAAAAUACUGAAGUAUAUAGCGCACAGCCUAGCCCGCCAGAGGAAAUUACUUUUAACAUGUAUAAUCCUUAA